AUUCAUACUUUCCAAUUUGCAGACACUCUCUCUCACUCUUCUUUCUCUCUCUAUAUAUUCUUCCAAUACAUUAAUUAAUUCCAUAAAAAAUCAGAUCGAAAUCAGGUGUAUUGGAUUUUUCAGGUACAUAUUGUUAAUUUUUAGUGAGUGAAUCAUCGACGUAACUCGCCGCCGAUCCUUGACUCGGAGAUUGGUUGAGGAAGGAAACGAUAAUGGAGAAUCUCAUAGCAUUGGUGAACAGACUGCAGAGAGCGUGCACUGCACUCGGAGAUCAUGGCGAUGAGAGCGCAUUGCCCACCCUCUGGGACGCCUUGCCUUCAAUCGCCGUCGUCGGUGGUCAGAGUUCUGGAAAGUCUUCAGUGCUUGAGAGCAUUGUGGGAAAGGACUUUUUACCUCGUGGAUCUGGCAUUGUUACCCGACGUCCUCUUGUCCUACAGCUUCAUCGGAUUGAGGAAGGUAGAGAAUAUGCAGAGUUUGGACAUCUUCCAAGAAAAAGGUUCACUGAUUUUGCUGCUGUCAGAAAAGAGAUAUCUGAUGAGACUGAUCGAGAGACUGGCCGCUCAAAAGCAAUUUCUACUGUUCCAAUUUAUCUCGGCAUUUACUCCCCUAAUGUUGUGAAUCUGACAUUGAUUGAUCUUCCUGGACUUACAAAAGUGGCUGUUGAGGGCCAACCUGAAAGCAUUGUGCAGGACAUUGAUAACAUGGUCCGCUCUUAUAUUGAAAAGCCUAACAGUAUUAUUUUGGCUAUAUCUCCUGCCAACCAAGAUCUUGCAACGUCAGAUGCAAUCAAGAUUUCACGUGAAGUAGACCCGAAAGGUAAGACUCUAGUCAUACCCCAAGAAAGCAAUGAGUAUGCAUUUGAGUAUCGAAAAAUAUUAGAAGUUUUUAAGUUCUCACAACUUCCAGAAAAGAUGGAGAACGAUGCUUUCCUGACUUGUAUUUGGGAUUAUCAGAUCUUAGAAGGAAGAGCAUAUAAGCUGCAGUUUCCAUGGAUAGGUGUUGUUAAUCGCUCUCAACAAGAUAUUAACAAAAAUGUUGACAUGAUUGCUGCUAGACGUCGAGAGCGGGAGUAUUUUGCUCAGACAUCAGAGUAUAAACAUCUUGCCCACAGAAUGGGUUCUGAGCAUUUGGGGAAAGUUCUUUCCAAACAUUUGGAAACUGUCAUCAAAUCUCGAAUUCCAGGACUUCAGUCACUUAUUAACAAAACUAUUAUCGAGCUAGAAUCCGAGUUGAGUCGUCUGGGAAAGCCCAUCGCUACAGAUGCUGGAGGAAAGCUGUACAUGGUUAUGGAAAUCUGUCGUGUUUUUGAUGGAAUAUUUAAAGAACAUCUUGAUGGAAGUCGACCAGGUGGAGAUAAGAUAUAUAAUGUCUUCGAUAACCAACUCCCUGCUGCAUUGAAGCGGUUACAGUUUGACAAGCAUCUUGCAAUGGAAAAUGUGCGGAAAUUAAUAACUGAGGCUGACGGAUAUCAGCCUCAUCUUAUAGCUCCCGAGCAAGGUUACCGGCGUCUCAUUGAAACUGCUUUGGUUACUAUUAAAGGUCCUGCUGAGGCAGCUGUUGAUGCAGUUCAUGGAAUACUGAAGGAACUGGUCCACAAGUCAAUUCGUGAGACUUCUGAGCUGAAGCAGUAUCCCUCUCUCCGAGUGGAGGUCGGGAAUGCAGCUGUUGAAUCAUUAGACAGAAUGAGGGACGAAAGCAAGAGAGCGACAAUACAGCUAGUAGAAAUGGAAUAUAGCUACUUAACUGUAGAUUUUUUCAGGAAGCUUCCUCAAGAUGUUGAAAAGGGUGGAAAUCCAACUCAUUCAAUCUUUGAUCGAUACAAUGAUUCAUAUCUUCGACGAAUUGGAUCAACAGUUUUGUCUUACGUUAAUAUGGUCUGUGGAAGUCUGAGGAACUCAAUUCCAAAGUCUAUUGUACAUUGUCAAGUCCGUGAGGCAAAACGCAGCUUACUCGAUCACUUCUUCACCGAGUUGGGCAAAAAAGAGGGAAGACAGUUGGGUACACUGUUGGACGAGGAUCCAGCGAUCAUGCAGCGUCGUGUCUCCCUUGCAAAGAGACUGGAGUUGUACAGGGCUGCUCAAUCAGAGAUUGAUUCAGUGGCUUGGUCGAAAUAAACGAGAAUUUCUCCUCCUUCCUCCCCUUUUUAUUAUUUCAUCUUUUCGAGCUUUAAUUCCUUGAUGAUUCUCUCAAUAUUCUUUCCGCAAGUUCAUUCUUUUAGUGCUAUUGCAACUGUACGCUACUCACAGCAAUUACUGCUGUCGAUUAUCACUCUAAUUCGUAGAUUUUCAACUAAUAAAUCACGAUUGUGCUUGAUGUACCUAAUUUAUGUA